AUGGAAGCAAGUGUCUCAUUGAGUGACUUCAGUCCUGUUUUAGCUCAUGAUAUUCUUCAAAAGAAGCUUGGACCUAGACAAGUUGCACAACAAUUUCUGUAUUGUCCUGCUCCUGGAUGUGAGUUUGCUGUUGAAUGUUUGGGCGGAGAUGAGCGCAAAUUGGAGGGUCCAGGAGGGACAGGUAAUUCGAAGAGUAACGAAGAGAAGAUCAGAAAGUUGGCAAAACAAUCAUUGGAUAAAUAUAUCCAUUACUACGAGAGAUGGAUCGGUAACCAUAACUCCAGGAAGAAGGCAUUGGCGGAUAUCGAAGAAUUGCAGACUAAGCAUCUCGAGAAACUGAGAGACAUUCAUUACUGCACAAUGUCUCAGUUGCAGUUUAUCAAGGAUGCCUUGGUUCAGGUUGCGGAGUGCAGAAGGAUUCUGAAAUGGUCGUAUGCAUACGGGUACUAUUUCCCGGAGAAUGAGCCGGCGAAGAACGAAUUCUUCGAGUAUAUACAAGGGGAAGCAGAGAUGAAUUUGGAGAGACUCCAUGGCUCGGUUGAGCAAGAGCUUUCCAAACACAGCAGCAAAGAAGCUCCUCCGACCGAAUUCACGAGUUAUAGUGCAAAAGUGGUUGACCUAACCAAAGUUACACGGGCUUACUUUCAGAACUUGGGUACAGCACUGGCCAAUGGUCUUACGGACGGGAACUAA